AUGGCAACAUUAGCAAUUGAACAGCAGAAUAACACCCACUUAACAGUAACGUCGACGUCGGCUAAAGGCAACCACGGUAACGCGGCUAACACCAAAGCUAACGUCAACGCUCUGUGUAGUAGACCCAUUAAAAUCCCCCUGCCAGCAGGUGCCGCCGGUUCCACUUCCUUUGCCACACAAUUAUCCACCGGUUCGGCUGAUAGUGCCUGUGUGGUAGCAGCCAGAGGCAGUACCAGUAGCAGCAGUACCAACAAUGAUGAUGAUGUUGGUGGUGGCCACACACCCUGCUCCUCAUUCGUUUCUCUAACAGGGGCCAGUGCAGAGGCACGUCGCAAAGACGACAUCUUGGCAAUUACUCAACGUAGUGCCAGUCUGAGUUUACAUGGCGCCGCCCAUCCCAAAUCCCAAUUACAAAAACUUAAACAGCCUGCCUAUCGUCAGCUGUUGUCUCAGGACAGCGGGAUUGAUAAUGAUCGCGAUUCAGCCGUAGGCUCUCAGCAACAAUUAAAAUCGGCUCAUUGCUCCUCAUCGAGUAAUGAAUCGAUUGGAGCCAAUUCCUCGGGAGAUCUUUCCCAUUCAAAAUACUCAGAGGAUGCCCUCGAAUCGGAAUCCUCUAGUGGCUAUUCGGGUAGUACGCAUAGCUUUGGGGCUUUGAGUUCGGGAAAUAAUGGUGGCGGCACACGAAGGAUUAAAUAUAAAUCCUGUAACAGUUCCACCACCCUAGGGUUGGGUGUGGAGGAUCGCAUUGAUGAGGUAGAGGAUCUACAUUUGGAUGAUGAAGAUGAUGAUGUGGACGUGGAGGAAGAUGUGGUGGAUGGCGAAAAUCCUCAUGAUGAAGAUCCCGAUGAUAGUGGUCUGCAAAUGUGUGUUAGUCCCAACCCAGGCAAGGCCACAACCACCACCAAGACCGAAUCGGAAGUUAUUGAAAAAGAAAUCAAAAAAUCUUCCGAAAAAUCUGCCGAAGAUUUGAAAACACCCAAACUUAAAGGUCAGGUUUUGGCCACAGAUGGUAAUUACUAUUUCCCCCUGCUGAACAUCUCCGAUGAUCCCGUCAUCAAUCCCAAAUUGAUAAAUAAAAAAGAUGGCCUACAGGAUUGCAUGUAUUAUCUCGAUGAAUUCGGCAGCCCUAAGUUAAGAGAGAAAUAUGCUCGAAAACAAAAACUCAAAGAGUUGAAGCAGCAGCAAAAGGCCAAGAAAAAAGCGGCCAAGGAAUUGGCAAAUAUGGCCGAGGCUGGCACAAGUGGUAACUCGAAAACCUGCUCCUCGACAGACAACAAUACAACAACCACAACCAAAAAACGCCACUGCACAUUUACCACCCAGGAAUGUCAGGAAGCCAAUGAAGCGGAAUUACAGCCCCUGCAACCGCAUACAGAAACUAACCCACCCGCCACAAAUAAAUCAUCCAAAAACACAUUAGAAACUCACUGUGAUACUAAAGAGAAGAAUAGUCAUUUAAGUUAUGCUAAGAAGAAGUCUACAACAACAACCACAACAACUACAACUACUGAUAGCUGUAAGAAAAGUCUUUUGAAAAAUGAUGGUGGCGACCAAGAGGAGAGUACCGUGGUGGCCUCCGAAGUUAAAGCCGAUGAUGAUCAUAUUGUCGAUGUAGAUCACAAAUGUAAUGAUGAUGACAACAACAAUGGUCCCUGCCCCAAUGAUCCAUGCAAUUUGCGUAAAGCCUCAAUGACAGCGUCCUGUGUUAGCUGGACCAAGGUUAUGAAGAAAUUCAAAAAUAUGUUGGGAGGCAGAGAUGGUUCCAAAAUUACCACAGUUGUUGCCACUCCGGGCCAAGGUACCGAUCGUGUACAAGAAGUUUCCUACACAGAUACAAAGGUGAUUGGCAAUGGUAGUUUUGGCGUUGUCUUUCAGGCCAAAUUAUGCGAUACCGGUGAACUGGUGGCAAUUAAAAAAGUUUUACAAGACAGACGAUUUAAGAAUCGUGAAUUGCAAAUUAUGCGCAAAUUGGAACAUUGUAAUAUUGUAAAACUUUUGUAUUUCUUCUAUUCGAGUGGUGAAAAGCGCGAUGAAGUGUUCUUGAAUUUAGUACUCGAAUAUAUACCAGAAACGGUUUAUAAAGUGGCGCGUCAAUAUGCUAAAACUAAGCAAACAAUACCCAUUAACUUUAUAAGGCUUUACAUGUAUCAACUAUUCAGAAGUUUGGCUUACAUACAUUCAUUGGGUAUUUGUCAUCGUGAUAUUAAACCACAAAAUUUAUUAUUGGAUCCAGAGACCGCUGUAUUGAAAUUAUGCGAUUUUGGCAGUGCUAAACAAUUGUUGCAUGGCGAACCGAAUGUAUCAUAUAUAUGUUCACGAUACUAUCGUGCACCCGAAUUGAUAUUUGGCGCUAUAAAUUAUACCACAAAAAUUGAUGUGUGGAGCGCCGGUUGUGUAUUAGCUGAAUUACUUUUGGGCCAACCCAUAUUCCCUGGUGAUUCGGGCGUUGAUCAAUUGGUUGAGGUUAUCAAAGUUUUGGGCACACCUACACGAGAACAAAUUCGUGAAAUGAAUCCCAAUUAUACGGAAUUCAAAUUUCCACAAAUUAAAAGUCAUCCAUGGCAAAAAGUAA